AUGUCUCGAAAGCGUUCGUGGCUUGGACUGACUGUCCAUAGCCUUCUAUUAUCAGCGGCAGUACUAUCGACCGCUGCCUCCGCCUCGGCUUAUCCACCCCUACAAGCUCCUAUCAUCCCGCCACAAGUACCUUUGGGGUCCGAAGGUACACCCGAGACGCAUGAGUUUUCCCUACGGCACAUUUUCCAACGCGGUACCUCUGAACUACCCGACCUCCAUGCAAGACUCGAUGUUAAGGCAGACACUCGGCUUCGGGCUGUAUCGGAGGAUGGUGAUGAAACCGACUAUGUUGCGUCAGAGUCCCCUCUACUUGCUUCGUCAGUUCCCCUCACGAUACAACGGUUGGCCGAUCGAAGACUCCCGGUGAUCGAGGGGCAUUUGGCCGCUUCGCGGUCUUCUGGAUCUGUGGCCGCCUUGUCUGCAGAUGAGUGGGUCAUGGACACCCUGCAAGGGCCAGAUAUUACAGACAAGACGACGGUCUUGACAUUCGCUCAGAUGACCGCAAAUGACUAUAUCGAGGAACCUGGGACGGGACAGUGGCACUCUAUACACGGCCAAUUUAACUACUCGGGGAGCUUUGGUUGGCAGAAAGAUGGACUCAGAGGGCACAUCUAUGCUGAUAAAACCAAUAGCACUGUCGUGAUUUCGUUAAAGGGUACUUCGCCGGCUCUGUUUGAUGGCGCGGGUACCACCACCAAUGACAAAGUCAACGACAAUCUAUUUUUCAGCUGCUGCUGCGGCCAAGGAGGCUCCUACCUGUGGAGGCAAGUCUGCGACUGUCAGAGUGCUACCUACACAGCGAACUUGACUUGCAUUGUUGAGUCUAUGAAUGAUGAAAACCGUUACUACCGGGCUGGGAUUGAGCUCUACUCAAACGUCACCGAGCUCUAUCCGGAUGCAAAUAUCUGGAUGACGGGCCAUUCAUUGGGUGGUGCAAUGACUAGUUUAGUCGGGUUGACUUUUGGGUUGCCCGUGGUCACUUUCGAAGCUAUUCCUGAAGCCUUACCGGCAGCUCGACUUGGCCUCCCAAGCCCACCUGGCCAUGACCCACGCUUCCCGCAAACACGAAUGCACACCGGGGCCUAUCAUUUUGGGCAUACAGCAGAUCCGAUAUACAUGGGAACUUGCAACGGGAUCAACUCGAUCUGCACAUGGGGCGGCUAUGCGCUGGAGUCGGUUUGCCACACCGGACAGGUAUGCACAUAUGAUACUGUCGCAGAUAAGGGAUGGCGUGUUGGACUGGGUACUCACAAGAUCGAAAAUGUGAUAUCUGAUGUCAUCUUAAAAUACGACACUGUCCCGAAAUGUGUGGCAGAGGAGGAAUGCUUUGAUUGUGAUCUCUGGAAGUUCUUCCGAAGCAAUGGCUCCGAGAACAUCGACGUGCGAGACCCCCGGGUGGUGGGGCUGUCUGGACGAAAGCACCACAACUACUACCACCACCACGACUUCUCCGACGAGUACAGCUACGACCACAACAUGCAAAACUCCCGGUUGGUUUGGGUGCAACGAUCCUACAACUACCACAACAGCAACUCCGGCGCCUACAGUCACGACAACUCUACCCACGGUAACUGCAACGACUACCACCUGCAAAACUCCUGGCUGGUUUGGCUGCAAUGA